AUGGAGAAUAAGGCUAUUAUACCGUUCCUGGUCACAAUGAUGCUUGUGACAGGAGUGUGCAAUACCCUUCUUAAUAAAUAUCAGGACAUGCAAUGUGUAAGAAACUGUGAUUCUCCAAAUCCCAAAGACCAUCGCCACUUUGAACAACCAGUUAUCCAAACGAUUCAGAUGUUUAUCGGCGAGAUGGGCUGCUGGCUCGUCGUUCUCAUGUCCUACAUUUACAACCGUCAUAUUGCGUCGCGCCUACCCCAGAACCAGUCGCCCCUUUUGGCUGGUGGAUAUCGUCCUGUGAAUACCGCUGAUGGAGACGAGGAGGACCACACUGUCGAGGACUCCGAUUUCAACAAUGACCCUUCGAAGCCCCCUCGUCUCCCCGAUGGUCGUAUUCGGCUCCAAGGGCUCAGGACGUUCCUUCUUGCUGCUCCAUCCUGCUGUGAUAUUGCAGGCACUACUCUAAUGAAUGUUGGUCUCCUCUUUGUCGCAGCCAGCAUCUAUCAGAUGACACGUGGAGCUCUUGUUCUCUUUGUUGGGCUUUUCAGCGUUCUAUUUCUCCAUCGAAAGCUGUAUUUAUACCAGUGGCUCGCUCUUUUCGUCGUAGUUCUUGGAGUUGCACUAGUUGGCCUCGCAGGUGCUCUCUUUGAUAAUGGUAAGAAUCAUGAUAUUGAUCAAGAAAGCGUUGUUGCUACUAUCACUCUCGCAGCAAGGGAACUAAGGAACGCUGCUGAGACUCCUGAGGCCGUGAAGACUGUAUUCGGCGUUGUCCUCAUUGCCGCAGCUCAGAUUUUCACUGCUUCACAGUUUGUGCUUGAAGAAUGGAUUCUGGAAAACUACGCCAUGGAUCCCCUUCAGGUUGUUGGUUGGGAGGGCAUUUUUGGCUUCUCUGUGACUGUUAUUGGGUCGAUCAUUUUGUACCUGACCGUGGGGCAGACCGAGGCAGGUCGUUAUGGAUAUUUUGAUGCUAAGGAGGGGUGGCGCCAAGUCCUAACUCAUAGGGCCGUCGCUAUUUCAAGUAUGAUGAUUAUGAUUAGCAUUGGCGGCUUUAACUUUUUCGGACUCUCGGUUACCCGCUCUGUGUCUGCCACAUCUCGCAGCACAAUCGACACCUGCCGUACCCUCUUCAUCUGGCUUGUUUCCUUGGGCCUCGGAUGGGAGAGCUUCAAAUGGCUCCAGGUUGCUGGAUUUGCUCUCCUUGUAUAUGGAACCUUUUUGUUCAACGACAUCAUCCGUCCCCCACUCAAGGCCUGUCUACCUAGUGGGCUGAGGGAAAGAGAGGUUCUUUUGCCAGAGGAACCCAUCGAGCACAAUUAAACCCACCUUGUAUACCUCUAUCUCUCUCUCGACAUAUAUAUCUCUCUCUCCCCCGGAAGGAUUAAAUUUAUUUGCACUGUUUCCUUUCUUUUCCUUCUUUUAGUUGAAGUGAGAAUAAACGGACAAGUUUCUUUCCUUCUUUCUUUCAAUUUUUUUUUUUUUUUUCGGUUUGAAAUUUCCGGCUCAUGAUAACAUACCACACAUACUUACUGGAGUUUUUGGGAUAGGCAGCUUGCAUAUAUGCCUAUUUGCUCUCGGCGAUUGGAUUGUUUUGUUAUUUGCUUUGGAUUCGUUAUUUUAUCCGAUGGUCUGGUCAGAUGGCUAGAUGGCCAAAUGUGCCAAGUUCAAGAUAUGAUUAAAUUAAUGAUUUCUAUUGAGUGGUCUUGCGCUUGUCCAAGUUAUUGGUAUUUGUUUACUCGUACCUGUACCCUUUCCUCACAUUCAUCCUUAUAUAGUACUUGACUGAUC